CUUAAGUGAUCUCCUGACUUUGACCCUAGUCAGGAGCCUCCCAUUGUUCCCAUCUGAUUUAAGUUCCCUGGUUUAAAACUCCACCUAUUCAACCAUCAAAUUCUCUUCUCACUUGGAGCCACCUUAGGCAGACCUAUGAAGCUUGAUGUCUCUACUUUCAACCUCACAAGGCCAUCUACUGCAAGAAUAUUGAUUGAAAGGGAUAUAACACUGCCUGUAGUAGAUGAGAUCUGGAUUGGCACAGCUCACAAUGGCUAUUGGCAGCCUGUUGUGAUGGAGCAAAAGCUUUAUUACUGCGGAGCCCGUAGAAUGUUUGGGCAUUCUGAAGACAAAUGCUUCAGAGUGCACCCUGAAUUAAGAACUAUUCCUCCUGUUCACUUUGAUGCAUCUCCUAUACAACCAGAUGAGGAUCAUGCUCACAACAUAGUUGGAAGGGUAUACAUUAACAACAACAGUGAUAUAGGUAGGAACACUGAACUCAAUCUGAACCUAGAGACUAAGGAAGAUGAUGAUAGACAGAUUCCUGGAAGUACAUCUCAGGGAGGAGGACUGGAUUGCCCAAUAGGGGAGACACAGCUAAUUGAACUUGAUAGAGCUGACAUUUAUACAUUCCACCCAUCCAUGCCGAACAAGGAUUUGCAACAGCAAGAGACACAAGAUUUACAAAAUACAAGGGUGGAAGAGCUUCCUUUCGAUACAGCUUACCCAGAUGUUCCAGAUAUUGUACUACCUUCUGCUGAGGAGAACAACUUACAACUUAUCAAAGACAAUUUAGAAGAAGAAUGGGAAAUAAAGAAGAGCAGAAGAAUGAAGAAAGGGAGCUUGGAGCUAAAAAAACUAAUGGAUGAUAAUCUAAUAAGUGAGGUUACCUUUGUGUUUGUGGUCUCAUCUGCACCAGAUAAGUCAAUCAAUGGAGAAAAGUUGCCAAUGACCCAAGACCAACACACCAAGACAUGUGGGUGACACUACAAGCCAAACCAAGUCAAGUCCAUGCCUUAGAGGAAAAAAAACCACACACUCAACCAUAGGGGAAGCCACAUGGCACCUUGGUCAUGGACCCUUUGACCCACCUUUGGAGAGGCCAAACUAGGCCUUGGGGAGCCAAGACCAGAACAAAGCUGGUCUUAGCCACCCACCAAAAGGGUCCCCAAUCAAACCAAGCCCUCUUCCAUGCCUUCUUCUCCACUAUUGGCUCCCCCUUUUCCAGCCAACAUGAAUGAUAUAAUUAACUUUUCUGACAACAUUAAGACAACUAACUUAGUGGAUCUGGGUUUUCAGGGCCCUGCAGAUACUUGGAAAAGGGGAAAAAUCCAUGAAAGAUUAAACUGGUUCUUAGUGAAUCUCAGAUGAAUGGAAGAGUAUUUGCUAACUUCUAUAUCACAUUUAACUUUCACCUGUUCUGAUCAUAGGCCUCUGAUUCUAACCAUAGCUUCAUCAACCUCCAAACCAAAAUCUACCUUCAGAUUUUUCAAUGUAUGGACUGAGCAUUAGGAUUUUCUCAAGGUCAUUUAAUCAGCUUGGAAAACACCUACUGAAGGAAAUGAGUGGCAGAAGUUAUGGAAAUUGCACAAGUCAGUUACAAAGGUGCUGAAAAACUGGAAUUGGAACUGCUUUGGUGAUGUGGCUGACAGAA